AUGUCAGAAUCCAAAAUUUUGAGUGCAACUGAAAUUGCAUCUCACGCAACGAGAGACGACUUGUGGGUUGUGAUCCAUGGAAAAGUAUACGAUGUGACAGAAUACGUCCGAGAUCAUCCAGGCGGCGUUGACGUACUUCUUGAUGUCGCAGGGAAAGAUGCGACUGAAGGUUACGAGGACGUCGGCCACUCAGAAGAUGCAGACGAGAUCUUGCGAUCAUAUCUCAUUGGAGUCGCAGCCGAUAGCCGCAAAGCUCGCAAGACCAAGGCCGUAAAACUCGCUCAACAAUCAUCCCCUCUACCCACCAGCACGCACAAAUCUUCACUUUCAGCAACUGCGCUCAAGGCCGUCCUUGCUUCAGUCGCCGUAGCAGCACCCUCGUAUUACGCUUCACAGCGCGGUAGUCUCCCCCAGAUACCCUUCGACAAAUUGCCUUCUCUUGCAUUGAUUGGCAGCCAUGCAUCAGGCAGCCCGGGUUCCCCUUUCUUCAAAGGCUUCACCAUCGCCACCGUCCUCUCCAGCAUUGCCUUUGCCGUGGUCGGCAAAGAACUCGCAAAGUUUACGCACGUCGAAGAAGGCUUCGGACGCUAUCCACCCUAUCGCCAGGCACGGCCACGCGUAGCGCCCGCAAACCCUCACCUCGCAAAGGGCUUCCUCGAUGCAAAAGAUUACAAGCCGCUUCAAGUCUCCAAGAUUACCAAACUCUCUCCAAAUGUGUUCAAAUACACUUUCGCACUCCCUGCUCCAAGAGAUGUCAUAGGCCUGCCCAUCGGCCAACACGUCGCUAUCAAAGCCACGAUUGACGGUAAAACUGUCACACGCUCAUACACGCCAACCUCCAACAACAUCGACACCGGCGUGCUGGAACUCGUCAUUAAGAUCUAUCCCGACGGCGCGCUCACAGGAAAGUACUUCGCCAGGCUGGAAGUUGGAGACGAAGUACUGUUUCGCGGACCGAAAGGCGCCAUGAAGUACGCCGCAGGGCACUGCAAGCACAUUGGCAUGAUUGCUGGUGGGACAGGUAUCACGCCCAUGUUUGCCCUGAUCCGCGCCAUUUGCGAAGAUCCACGAGAUACGACGUCGAUAUCGCUUGUAUAUGCGAACCGCACUGAGGACGAUAUUCUCUUGCGCUCCGAGCUCGAGACGUUUGCGAGACGGUACCCUAGGAACUUCAAGGUGUGGUUUAUGCUCGAUAGCCCACCGGUGGGUUGGCAGGGUGGAAGCGGGUUUGUUACGCGCAAUGUUAUGAAGGAGAGAUUGCCUGCGGUGGGUCCGGACACGAAAGUCAUGCUGUGCGGUCCGCCGGGAAUGAUAGGAGCUGCGAAGAAAGGGCUAGUUGAAUUGGGUUUCAAGGAGCCCGGUGCGGUCGGGAAGAUGGGCGAUGAGAUCUUCUGCUUUUGA